UUUUGUCAAACUGACUCAAUGCCUAAAUAGUUUUUUUUUUAAUCAAAUUUCGAAUGAGUGUGGGGCAAAAUUGCGGUCUUAUGCGCAGCUACCGGCGAUCAAUAUUCUACACUGGAAGACAGGAUUCGCCUCUACUAAAGGCGAUCGCUAAAUUGUAUAAAUUAAAACUCAUCUAAUAUGUUGUCCAGGUGUAUAAGGGGGUUGAACAGAAAUUACGGAGUGUUAGUGGUUCAAUCAGAGUGGUCAGUUUCACUUCGACAGGUACGUUUUACGUGUUCCUUGGUUCCCGGCGAACCUAAGGGACCGUGUAUCAAGACCCCAGUUCCCGGUCCAAAGUCCAAGCACUUAAUUGAAGAAUUACAAAAAAUACAGCAAGCAGGGUCAGUACAAAUCUUUGUAAACUAUGAUAAAUCGAUCGGAAAUUAUCUUGUUGACGUCGACGACAAUAUUUUCCUCGACACCUAUACCCAGAUCUCCACGAUACCUUUGGGAUAUAACCACCCAGAUUUGCUUCGAAGUUUCGAUAAUGAACAUAACUUGAAAUCGUUGAUAAAUAGACCUGCUUUGGGCGUAUUUCCCGGGGAAGACUGGACCCAAAGAAUGCUAAAUAUUAUAAAAAUGGUAGCACCACACGGUCUAACACAAUUGAACACUAUGAUGUGCGGCGCUUGCGCUAAUGAAAAUGCUUUUAAGCACGCUUUUAUGAUUUACCAAAGAAAACAGAGGGGUCACGACAAUUUUACGGAAGAGGAGGAGAUGUCGUGUGGGCUCAAUCGUCCACCGGGAUCCCCCAAGCUGGCGAUAUUGUCUUUUUUCAACGGAUUUCACGGUCGCACGUUGGGCACGUUAUCCACCACGAGAUCCAAAUUCAUCCAAAAAAUCGAUAUACCGGCGUUCGAUUGGCCGGCGGCACACUUCCCUGCUUACAAAUACCCGUUGGAGGACAAUGAACGUGAAAAUCGAGACGAGGACAGCAAAUGCUUAGCACAAGUCGAAGAACUGUUCACUGAGUGGCGAAAAAAAAAUGUUCCCAUUGUUGGAGUAAUCAUAGAACCCAUUCAGUCAGAAGGUGGCGAUAAUCACGCAUCGUCGGAGUUCUUCCAACGUCUGCAAAGAGUAUGUAAAAAGAAUGAUGCAGCACUAAUAAUUGAUGAGGUGCAAACGGGUGGCGGGCCAACUGGCAAAUUUUGGUGUCACGAAUACUUCGAUUUAGAACUGCCACCGGACAUAGUGACCUUUAGUAAAAAAAUGCAACUUGGAGGCUUUUUCUACACUGACGAAUUUAGAGUCGGUCAACCGUUUAGAACUUUCAAUACAUGGAUGGGAGACCCUGGCAAAGUGAUUCUUCUAGAAAAUAUUCUUCAGGUGAUCUUCAAAGAAAACUUACUGAAGAAUGUGCGUGAAACGGGGAAAUACCUCCUCGAUGGACUAAAGGAAUUAGAGAAGGAAUUCAGUCCGUUAUUGCAUUCGUCCAGGGGAAGGGGUACUUUCGUAGCGAUAACCGCUGAGAGCGAAAAGUUAAGGGAUGAUAUUUUAAAACGGUUAAAGGAGAAAGGUGUAUACGGUGGAUCCUGUGGCAAAUUCGCGAUUCGGUUACGAACAGCUUUAGUUUUCCAGAGACAUCACGCUGACAUAUUCUUGGACCUGUGUCGUCACGUAUUAAAAGAUAUAAAAUGUGGCAGCUGACAGAAAGAAACGAGAAACAAAUUACGUGGGUUCGAAUGUAAAAUUAUAUUGUUAAAUACAACGUCUAAACCAGAACUGACCACAGAGUUGCUGCAGGAUUUCUCGAUUUAAUACGGUACAAGCGUUAGUUACAAAUUGCGCAUGCAUAAGAUUGGCUUUCUCUGCGAUUCGCCAGAUUCAAGACCGGAAACGAAUCGAGAAGAAAACUAGGAAUUUCAAGCGUUCUCGUUGAUUUUUAAACUGUAGCUGCAUAAACAUGGUACCCUGGCUGGUGAAUUAGAAAAAAUAAGCACCGAUACGUUAGAAAAGUAAGAGAAAUUGCGAAUCACGUAACCUAGCUGUCUGUACGAAAUUUUGAAAAUGCUGUUUACAUGCUGGUUUAAACUUAGUUUCGCAUCAAAAGAAACACCUAGAUCUAUAACAAAGGCCUGAGGGUAAUACUAUCAAUUUCUUAGUUGUCAAGAAUAGGAUGGGUCUUCCUUGUAAAGCUCAUAACGCUGCAGUUUACAUCGUUCAAAGGAAAGUUGUAUUUACACCAGGAAUUAAGACGAUUAAAAUUAUUUUGUAAUAUCAAAAUCUAUGCGAAUUUGCUUGAUUGUUUAAAAGGAAAGUCAAGAAAUAAAUAACGGAAAUCAUAUAUAAAAAUUUAAUUGAUUCACGUCAUUUCUUAAGGCACGAAACUCCAUAGUGGUUACAAAUCCACCUGUUCCAGUUAUGCCAGAGUUAUAGCCCUAAUAAAUUGAAUUGAAGUGUUGAUUCGAGUAAACUCCAUGGUGUCAUUUGCGGGGGAUGCAAUCCCCAAACGAUUCGUUUGAGACCGGCAUUGACCUUUUCAAGAGUCCAUGCUGCUGUGUUUUUGGAUCGCUUCCAAAAAGUUAUGCGUGAAAUGUAAUGUUUUAUGAGUGGACCAUUAGAUUCACAAAAUCAACUCGAAAUGCGAAAACGCAAUCGAAAUUGUGUGUUUAUUAGGAAAGAAUAAUUUUUGUUAACGAAAUCUUUUAACAAAGUCUUCCAUUUUAUAAAAUUAGAAAUAUAUUGUAACUAACAUAUUAAUUUGAUUAUCUGUAAAAUUUGUUCAGUUAUUUUUCUUUAUAUUUAAAAACACUGCCAUUUUAAAUUUAAAAUGAGAUUUCCCUUCUGCGAAUAUUGCGUCUUUGUGAUUGUUGUUAUGAACUAGAUGACUAUAUGUUAUUGUGGUUAUUAAUGCUAACAUACCGAGUGGCUCACUAUAAAUAGAAGUAUCUUUCAAAGAGACCGGAGUAUUGUUGUCCUUAAUCAUAAAUCACAAAUCGCAACACCUCUAAAUAUAAUGAAGCUAAUGCCACGUUGGUGUACUACCUCUUGCCAUUUCAUGAACUAUUGACUAUCCUGCCUUAGUCGUAUAAAAGCGUAUUCUAGAGAAAGCACACGAGAUGUUUCAAAAAUAAAAGUUUUGUAGGGACAUUCUGAAAAUAUUAACUAGUUUGUUGUUGAUCUGCAGUUCCUUCAAUUUUUAAAUACUAUACAACAAAAUAGUUUAACUUUGUUGAACCAGAUUUUUGUGAAGAGAGGUCUUUAAUAUUAAAAUAUUCAGUUAUUAACGGAUCAAACAUGUGAAAAAACACCCACGACCGUGAGCCACUUUGGACAUUUCCGAUAAUUGAGUGGCGGGUUUAGGAACAAUCGUUACACUAGAUUUUAGCCAUAACAUUUUGAAGUGUGUUAAUUCUGACAGUCGCGUCACACGUCACGCAACGAUUCUCGUGUAAAAAUAUUUUGAUGUAUUUAAAAAGGAAUUUGUGAAUCAGAAAAUAAAAGGUCCUCAUGUAUGUCAUAAAACUACGUCUGGUGUGUACAGGGUGGUCCGUUUAAGAGGGACGUAUACCUUAUCUCGAAACCUACUGGUGUUACAAAAAAAAAUUAAAUACAAAAGUUGUUUCUGUUAAAAUGAUCUUUUUUCAUUCCUAAUCGUGGUGGUAAAACAAGGUAAUUUUUUUAAAUAGAACACCCUACAUUUCAUUGCAUUUUUGGAUAGUCCUUUCAAAGACAAAUUUAACGAUAUAUAUGAGUAUGGGUCUGUAAUGCAACGCUUCGAACGUAUUAGCGAUCAUCUUCAGAAUUCCGGUUAUGUUUAAACUAUCAUUGUUGGGUUGCUUAUUAACUUUUUAAACUUUUUUCCAUCUAUUAUUUUUACGAAAAUAAUGAUAUAUAUAUAUAUAUAUAUAUAUAUAUAUAUAUAUAUAU